GUGAAAUCCCAGGCCGACAAGUGGUUGGAUCACUUCAACGCCCGCCACAACCCGAGUGGCAACUUUUGGGUGGACAGCAAGAAGCGCCCAGCUGAUUUCGCCGCUGAAGGCGACGAAGCGGUCACCCUGCCGAAACUGUCUCCUGAGGACCCAGAGACCAUAGAGGAGCUCGAGAAGGGAGCAGCAGGCCAGGGCUUGAAGAAGGGGCUAAGCACCCUCCAGACUGGCUUGCUUGUGGCGAAGACGACGGAGGGCGCCGUCUACCUCUAUGCAGAAGAUGCAGACAUGGUCGCCCGGAAGGACACCCCUUUGUAUGGUUGGGGGCCGGGGAAAUGGCUUGUGGAUAAAGAGCUGAAAGCAGCGGAAGACAAGACUGCUUCCGCCCCAACCCUCGCCCCGUUCAUGUGCAACGAUACUCGAGAGGAGAUCCGCUUCUAUGGAAAGCCGCCAUUCACAGACGCUGCGUUUUCGAGCUCCCCACAGCCAUUGCGUCAGUUUUUGCAGUACUUGGAAAAGACGCACAAUGUGACAGAGCAUACGUUGGUGAACCACACGGUGGAGAGGACCGACGGCGGGGCUAAUAGCAACCCAGACUACAUUGUCAAGCAGGUUUUGCCAUGUAAGUUUCUACCAUCUAGCAAGGACGACAAGAACUGGUGCGUUGCUGUCACGCAUGCUAAGAUCGCCGCGUCCGAGCGGGUGCGCGCGAUGGUUGACAUCGAGUGCCAG